AUGCCUGCCGAACGACAACAACGCCCUGGACAUCCGGAUGUCCAAAGGAACAACAGACCUGCCGAACGACAACAACCGCCAGGACAUGCGGAUGUCCAAAGGCACAACAGACGAAAGAAGCGCGCUGAAUUAAGCGAAGCGGAACUUCAGAAAAAACAGAAAGAACUUCAAGAGACACAUGCCCGACGUUUUGCACAACAGAUUGGAUUAGUUCGCCGGAAGAACGCAGCCGGUGUUGAGAUUGAACCCGAGGAUCCUUUCCUGGUGUGGAACGAUUACCACAUCGAAACGACACUGCGAGGCGCACAUGUGAACAUCGACCCAAUCGCUCCUCGUCAAGAAGCGAGUCGAAAUAAUGUCCCCGACAUCGAACUCGAUGUGUUCAAAUUAUUCAUUUCGUCGAAAACCUCCGGUCUCGCAGAAAAUUUUGAUCGAUUUGUGAAUCAUUACUACGUCGGCUACUACUAUAAGUGGCUCGUAGAUCAGCGAAGAAAUAGUCCCGGCAACGAAGAUGUGCAAAGCGAAGAAGCAAAAGAGCAGUUGCGAACACAAAUAUUCAAAGCCAAACUUGAGAAAGAGAAGGGGAUUCUUGCGGGCGGGUCGUCAAAGCGACAAAUCAAAUCGUUCAACCGCUUAUGCACGAAUAUGUAUAUCGCUAUCGACGAAUUUGGUUGGGGCAUUCUUACAUGUCCUGCCCUACUUCGCUCGUCGAAAGGGAAAGCGAUUGAAAAUCUCACCGAGGAUAUCAUCAAUCGAGUCUUGAAGCGUUUUGUAAAACAAGGCGCGCACCAAGUGUCAACGAUGUACGAUGAAGACGUCCAGAAGCAUGUGGAAAACCGUUUUCGCCUUUUGGAACCGGGAAAAGACGAACGCGUUGAUAUAACCCCCAGACAAGUUCGUCUUAACACGGUCAAGGAGAAAAUAAUGGAGGCGCAGGCGAGACGAGAACAAAAUUUGCAGAACAACGAGGAGCAGGAGCAGGAGCAGGAAGAGGAAAACGAAGACGUUGGAGAGCAGGAAGAGCAAAACGAAAUCGUUGGAGAGGAGGAGGAGCAAAUUGUGGAGGAGGAAUUGGAAUAUGCUUGA